CCCAUCUCGAACUACGAGCGUCAAGCUCCAGCCUCCCAUCUGCUCUCCAACAACACCCAAGGAUGGCACAACUACUCCCUAAAACCGCGCGCACCUUUCAUCUCUCCAUUCCGCAGUGGCGCACAUUCUCCCUCUUCCCCUCAGCUUCAAACCGCUCGCAUACAAACCGCCUCUUCGACAAUGUCCGCCAACCGCAAGACCUGCACACCCUGACCCUGCUCAACGCCGCCGACAACCGCUCUCUCAUCACAUUUUGGAGUGCGAGUUGGUGCCAAACAUGUCAAGCCGUCAAGCCUCUCGUCAAAGAGCUUAUUGAGGAGGAGAGAGUUGGAGAGAGCGAAGGCGGAUUGGGUUUUGUUGAGGUCGAGAUGGAUUCAACAUUGAUUGGGGAUCUGCCGAUUACGUAUCGGAUUACGAGCAUGCCGACGCUGCUAGCAUUCAGUAGGCAGGAAGCUCAGUUUGACACGAGGCUGGUGAGGCCGGAGGAGAUGAAGAACAAGGACUUCUUGAGGGAGUGGUUACUGACAGAAGCGCGGAGAGGUGGACGCAAGGGUGGAGCUGGUGAUGGAGGCUUGUUUGGCUUGCGCGAUUCUGGAGGCGAUAAGGGCGCGCGAAGCGCGUAAGAAACGGAUGCGUAUGUACGAUAUGGAGCGUAGAAAGGUGAGCCCUGCCUUCAAGAUCAAAGCAUAUGGGACUGAUUGACAAGGAUAGCAGGAAUUAUAUAUCCCCAAUUGUAAAUAAAUCGCAAUCAAGCGUACGAUGGGAACAACACGAUCCUGUUCCUCACAAGCAACACGACCAGAAUCACAAAUGCUAUGUACAAGCAAAAGAAGUGCUGGGACAAUACCGCCGUGCAAGUGGAUGGUAAAAGCAUGUCAUAGCGGUGUGAAGCCCGUGAUCAAGAUCGGGCGAAUUCUAGAUAGAGUGCAAGAUACGUGCAGCGGUAG